UUCGAUCGAGUCAGGUAGUUUGAAAGACACUAUAUUUUAACAGUAAUAGGUAUUGCUCAUACCAUUACAGGAAAGGGAAGUGUACAACGAAUGCCUGCGUAAGAGUUCGGAAGAAAAUUUUGUCCACUUCACCUUUGACUUCAGUUAAAGUGUGACUAUGCCCCACCAUGCACGCCAGAUGGAUACGCUGUACUUUUACAGCUUGCGGAAGGUCCAUAUAUUUGGAGUACGGAUAGAUGGCCAAAGGAAACAGAUCAAUUUUCUGGAUGAUGAGGACCAAACCAUAGGACAGGACGGCAGCCAGGCUCGUGGACCGGAUUCAGUUAUUUCUAUGCUAGACUGGGUAAUGUCAAAUUAUGAAACGGAAAACGACGUAUGCUCCAUCCAUGCAGAUAACUGUCCAGGGCAGAACAAAAACAAGUUUGUCGUGGGUUAUUUAAUAUGGAGGGUCAUGACAGGGAAACACAGGAAGAUAGAAUACCAAAUGCAAAUUCCGGGACAUGCUAGGUGUUUAGUCGACUCGGGUUUCGCGCAGAUCAAGAUGAAGUACCGCCGCCAUGAUUGUGAAACCAGAGAACAGCUUGCAGAAAUAUUAAAAGGGUCUUCCGUAGGUAGCAUGGCUGUAUCUAAUCCACCAUGGUCCUGGCGCGCUUGGAAGGAGUUUCUUGGACAACAUUUCAAGUCCGUAAUCGGCAUACGAAAAUUCCAGUACUUCAGGUUUGAGGAAGACAAACCAGGUGUCGUCACUGUCAAAACAGCGACUGGUGCGGAGGAGACAGAAGUUAACAUUCUAAAAAAUAAAGACGUUUCCUUUGAAUCUCAAGAGAUUCCACGGGUUCUUCAGCCGGGUGGUUUGAGUGCAGCAAGGAAGACCUACUUCGAGAAGACACUGCGACCUUUUAGAAAUCCACCGCGAGUAGUCGUGUCCAGCGCUGAAAGACAAAGUGAAGAAGUACAUGCGCACAAGGUUCCAGAAGACGGACUGAAAAGCGAGCAGCAACAUAGCAAGCAGACCACGCACAACAUCUCCACUCACUAUGGGCUGGGUUGUUCCCAGUUCUGUUACGGCUCAUAUCUACAGGCCGACACCAAAGGCAGCAUGCCCCACGUUUGCACAAGUACCAGCUGUGAGCGUUGCUAUCCCGACAUCCGCUACACCUAG